AUGGCCGACCAUGAGAGUGACGAGGCUCGCAAGGCAAAGCUCCUGGCAGCCAGAAAAAAGCUCAAAAAGUUCCAGAACAAAAAGCAAGAUGCUUCACCCACUCCCGAUGCACCCCAUGCAACUGAAUCCGAUGUCAAUGACAGUGGAAAGCAGGACGAACAGCAGCAACAGGCACCUCUUUCACCCACUUCACCUUUAACAACACCAGCACCCACUACACCAACCACCGACCAUGCACUACAACUUGAGUUAGAAACAUCCAGAACGCGUUUUGAAGAGCUCAAAGCAGCCACAUCCACCAAGUUGGAAGAAAUGAAUAGUCAAAUCGAUGCACUACGUACAUCCGAACAGCAGCUCAAACAACAACUUGACGAGAUGAAUCAUGUUAAAAGUACGUCAGAGAGCAAGGUGGAAGAGCUCAAUGCAUCCAUCCAAACAAUGCGGGAUCAACUUGGGCAGGUGCAACAUGUAUUGGAACAAAAGACACAGCAACUUGAAACCGCGAAUCAGCAUGAGCAGGAAUGGAUGGAUAAAGUGAAAUCACUCGAGGAACAGCUGAACACGACUCAAAAGGAUUGGGAGGCAAAAUCCUCAUCUGAAUUGGAUAAAGUACAGCAUGAAUUGAAGGAGCUGCAACUCAAUACAACCCGCGAAAAAGAGCAAGUCAUUGCUGAAUACACUACCAAAAUGAGCAACUUGAAGGAGGAAUAUGAGGCACAACUUGGCACAGCACAGGAGCAAAAUGACCAGAAGAUCAAAGAUCUACAAGCUGAGCAUGAGAAGCAGCUUGAGGAGAAGCAGGAGAAAUUGAAAAAUGAGCAAGAGAAAAGGAUCAAGGAUUUGGAAGCCGCAUUGGAUGAAGAAAAGAAGAAGGAGGAAACAGCAACCGAGACGCUCAAGAUAUUGGAAGCUGCGAAUCAUGAGGCAUUACAGCAAGAACGAGAGAGCUACAACAAGCUAAACAAGGAGUGGGAGGAGAAGUUUAAAUCCCUUCAAGAUCAAUAUGAUUCUCUGGUAGAGGAAAAUGACAAAGGAAGCGAGGAUUUGAAAAAGGAAUAUGAACAAAGGAUCAAAUCAAUUCAAGAGGACCAUGAAAAAGUGGCAAGCGAGAAGCGAGAGCUAGAGGAUCAACAUGAAAAGAGUAUCCAAUCGCUUAAAGCGGAGCACGAGGAGGCAAUGGAAAACGCCAAACAGCUGAUCCAGAAUGAGUAUGAGGAACAAAUAAAGGCACUUCAAGCCACGCACGAUUCAACGGCUCAACAACAGCAAGAACUCGUACGCAAAGCGAAUGAUGAAUACGCUGAUAAGCUCAAAGCGUUGCAAGCUGACCAUGACAAGAUCUUGAGAGAGGAACAAGAAAAGCUUAAGGAGAUGAGUGAGAAACACGCCCAAGAGUUAAAAGACAUUCAAGACAAGCAUGAAGCGAUUUUGAGCCAAGAGCGAGAGCAACAUGAACAAGUGGUUGGAAAAAAGAUCAAUGAUUUGCAAGCUGAACACCAAUCCCUAUUGGAUCAAGAAAAAGAGAAACAAGAAAAAGAGUUUACAGCAAGAUUGGAAGCCAUCAAAGCCGAGCACGAGUCUGCUCUUAAAGAGGUCGAGAACAAGAAGCAGCAAGUCAUUGAGCAACAUACAAAAGAAACAGAGGCUCUUCAAGAAAAGAUCAAAUCCGAGGAUGAAAAGUACCAAGCGAUGCUUGAAAAGAAGCAAGAAGAACAUCAACAGCAAUUGCAACAAUAUGAGGAAAAGCUAAAGUCGCUCCAAGAUGAUCACCAGGCAACAUUGACCAAGGAGCAGGAGCAGAGUCAAAAGUCGAUUGAAGCAUAUGAACUCAAGAUGAAAGAGUUGCAAGAUAAAUAUGAAGCUGCCUUGGCCAAAGAGCGAGAACAAGCCAAUCAAGCGACUCUAGACUUCCAGCAAAAGGAGAAAACAAUGAAAGAAGAAUAUGAUGGCUUGCUAGCAAAAGAACGUCAAGAUCGCGAUAAGACGUUUCAAGAAUACAAUGAAAAGCUGGAAUCAUUGCAGGCUGCUCAUAAGACAGCCCUCGCUGAAGAACAAGCAAAGAAGGAGGAGGCAGUUAAAAAGCAUGAGGAAGAAGUCAAGGCACUAGAAGUCAAACAUGAAAAGGAGCUCGAAGAACAACGUGGUCUGAUCCAAAAAGCUUCCAAUGAGCAUGACGAGAAGAUCAAGACGCUCUUAGGUGAUCAUGAGUCGGCACUCGCCAAUGAACGUCAGCUCAAUCAAAAGACCAUCGAGGAGCAUAACCAGAAAAUAAGUGACUUGCAUAGUGAAUACGAUUCCAAACUCGCUUCCGAGCGUGAACAAAGGCAAAAAGCACUAGAAGAACAUGACCAAAAGAUCAAGGCUUUGCAAGAUGAACAUGCAUUGAUUUUGGAGGAGGAACGUAAAAAGUCACAUGGCGAGUUGAAGAACCAAGAAGAUAAUCUUGCUGCAUUAAAAGCUGAGCAUGAGAAAAUACUACAAGAAGAACGAGAGCAGAGCCAAAAGGCAAUCAUGGAGCACAAGCAACAGAUCGAGUCACUCGAAGCUGAAUACGAACGUAUGCUGAAGCAAGAACGUGAGCAACAUGAAAAGGUCGCUGCUGAGCAUCUUGAGAAAAUCAAAUCCUUGGAAGACCUUGUAAAUACCCGAGAAGAAGAGCAGAAGCAAUAUAUGCAGGAAUUGGAAAAGCUACAAUCUGAACAUAAGAGUGCCCUCGAAAAGACACAGCAACAGAAUGAGGAAAUCCAAAUUGAGCAUAAAGCCAAGAUUGAGUCGCUGCAAGCCGAUCAUGAUGCCGAAUUGAAAAAGUUAAUGCAAGAGCAUGAAAAGACAAUUGCUGAGCACAUUGAAAAGGCCAACGCUUUAAAAGAUGAGCAUGCAGACGCUCUUUCCAAGGCACAGCAAGAACAUGAAAAGAUCAUGCAAACGCACCAUGAAAAGUUGAAAGCAUUGCAAGAUGAACACGAUGUUGCUAAGCAAGAAUCGAAUCGUGAUAUGGAACAACUACACGCCAAGAUCACGGAGCUUCACGCAUCACUCGACCAGGAACGCGAAAAGGUGAAGGAAGCACAUCAACUUGCAGAGGAGAAUUCCACCGCACGAGAGACAUCCCUUCGAGAAACUUAUAGUCGAGACAACCAAAAGCUAUCUCAUGAACUUCGACAAGUGCAAAUGAAGCUACAACAGCGUGAACAGCAAAUCACCCAAUUACAAAGUGAAAUGGAGCAGGUUGAGACCAGCAGGCAACAGCAACAAGAGCAAGUAGAGCAUUUACAACAACAGCUUGAAGAGCAAAAGCAGCAGGUGGAUGAUGGAUCCCUCGUUCAACAGCGUGAUGAAGCCAUUGACAAGGCAAAGCAACUGCAAACGCAAUACGAUGAGAAAGAGACGCAGCUACAAGAGCUUCAAAGCCGGCUGGAUCGGCAAUUGGAAGCCUUUGACACCAUUCGCCGAGAAUUGACAACAGUUCGAGAUAGGCAAUUCGAGUCCGAGACACGGCUUGAGCGUGAGAAACGUGAAUUGGAAACGACGCUUCAACGAUUACACGCCGAGUACAAGGCACAUUUAGAUCGAAUGUGGAAUGAUCAACAAGCCGUCAGAGAGCAAAACGAGGAGACGAUGGAAAAUGGAAGAGCUGCCUUGGACAAUGCUCAAGUCAAGCUGAUGAUGAAUGGAUUGAGCCCUGUCAGUGAAAAUGGCUUUGAUUGGACUCGAAGCGAGAGUGAAGGUGAAGAAGAAGAACGACAACAAGAAGAACCAGCACAAGAGGAACAUCGACGAGUGCCUGCCGUUGGAAAAUUACCUCCUCGACAAAAGCCAGAGUUCUUUGAAUUUUUAGAUAUUCCUCGUUGCAGUGGAUGUUUGAGCGAAGUGAUUGACAUUUGA